UUUCUUCAUCCCUAGUUGAACCAUUAAACCAUUGAAAAUUGUUAAAAUUGAAUUUGAAAUGCAUACCAACGAUUUGUUUCGUAAGCUUACUUGUGGAGCCAAAUUUACUCCAAAAAAUAAAAUUCUACUUAAAAGAAAGCUCGAAACAAUUGAUUCUCGUCCAUCGCCAAAACUAAAAACAUCAACUAAACUGGAAAAAAAUAUCGUGAUCAAACAAAUAGCUGACUACGACCACGCAGAAUCGCAAGAAAGUAAGACGAACUAUUCGGCAGAGGAGGAAACAGUAAUCAAAAAUGAAAGUUACUCUGAAGAGUCGGACGAUGAUCAGAACGAUUAUACGAAACCUUUAAGGGACAGUAACAGAAAAAAGAUAUCCCCGGAACGAAUAGAACUACACAAUCGACUUCGCGGUAAUAGAUUGCGAAAUCUUAACAAAAUUCACGUCACAAAAAGUCGUCACGGUCCAAAGGUACCGAAUGUAAUUGAAUCAUUUGACGAAAUCUGCAGUACCUUUGACGUUUCGAAGCAAUUGGUAUCCAAUAUUACUGCAUGUUACAGUAAACCAACACCAGUGCAAAUGCAAGCAAUUCCAGUGCUUCUCUCUGGGCACUCGUUGCAUGCUUGCGCCCCGACCGGUUCCGGAAAAACCGCUGCCUUUCUAAUUCCUAUUAUAAACCAUCUGAAAGAACAUAUGAAAUGUGGCUUUAGAGCCCUGAUCAUUUGUCCAACACGGGAGUUAGCGAAACAGACUCAACGGGAGGCGUUACGACUCGGGGAUAACAUCAAUCUUCGGACACACGUCGUACAAACAGUGGACGAACCUAAACGAAGCGAUUAUACUUUAAAUAGUGGACGCUUUUAUGAUAUCCUAGUGUCGACCCCAAACCGAAUCUGCUAUUUACUUUCGCAGACUCCUUCCAAAAUUGAUUUGAGCAAUGUCCAGUGGGUCGUGAUCGAUGAAGCGGACAAGCUGUUUGAGGAUUCGAAAAACUCAUUUCGCGAUCAGCUGGACAAGAUUCUAGAUGCAUGUACUAUUCAGAACAAAACUCUAGCUUUGUUCAGCGCAACUCAAACGCGAGACGUAAAUUUGUGGGUCGCCAAAAAUGUACCCAACCGUAUACGAUUCUCUAUCGGUCUCAUUAAUGGCGCAGUUGACCUGGUUGAACAACAGCUUCUUUUCACCGGAAAUGAGGCUGGUAAAUUACUUGCAUUUCGCGAAAUGGUAUCACAAGGCCUCCAUCCGCCUGUGCUGGUAUUUGUUCAAAGUAAAGAUCGUGCCCAGCAGCUAUUCACUGAGUUGAUUUACGACGGACUAAAUGUGGACGUUAUUCACUCUGAUCGUACGCAACGAGAACGUGACAAUGUUGUUCGUGCGUUUCGUGAAGGGAAAAUUUGGGUUCUUAUCUGUACAGAACUGAUGAGCCGGGGUAUCGAUUUUAAAGGCGUGAACUUAGUGGUAAACUACGACUUUCCACCAUCAGCCAUUUCCUAUGUGCAUCGCAUCGGCAGAACAGGUCGUGCAGGACGACCAGGUAAAGCCGUAACAUUUUUCACAAAGGACGACACAGUUAACCUUAAAAGUAUUGCACAGCUUAUAAAAUCUGCUGGCGGGGAAGUGCCCGAGUACAUGUUGCAAUUACACGGUAGCUCUAAACAGGCACGUGAUAAUCUUUCACGAAAAGCACCAAAACGGAGUACCAUUCGAACUCUUCCUACAUUUGAAUUGCAACAAUUACAAAGAAAGAAAAAAUUUGUCAUGCAAAGUAAAGGAAAAUCUAAUUCACAGAACCUAGUCUCAAGAGCUAAGAAAGGAACGGAUUAAGCACACCCG